AUGGCAGAUUUAUCUAGUGCUCAAGUUCAACCUGUACCCGCAUUCUUAAAGACCGGAGUGGAUUAUGCCGGUCCAUUUUUUGUUAAGUUAUCUAGGUCUACAGAAAUAGUAGAAGAUUAUAGUUCUGAUGCCUUUAUUGCUGCCUUCCAGCGUUUCAUUUCUCGUCAAGACCAUUGCUCCGAUCUGUAUAGUGAUCGUGCUACUAAUUUGGUGGGUGCUGAUAUUGAAUUGCGUAGAAGGUGGUACGAAUUUAAGGAGUCCAAAUCUUUUCAGUAUCAAAUGAGUUCCUUGAAAACUCAAUGGCAUUUUAACCCUCCCGCUGCUCCGAACUUUAGUGGAGUCUGGGAAUCAGUUGUAAAGUUGAUGAAGCAUCAUCUUCGGCGAGUAGUUGGUAAUCAGAUUUUAACGUUUGUCGAAUACUCCACAUUGCUUUGUAAAGUUAAAGUUUGUAUGAAUUCGCCACCUCUAUCUCCUUUAAGAGAUAAUUCUAGUGAUUUAGACGUUUUGACCCCUGCCCAUCUGCCUAAUCCAAAGCCAGUGACGCUGCUACCAGAGCUAGAUUAA